AUGGCUCCAGUCACCGUUUGGAACGAUGAGGCCCGAUCUGACCUUUUGGUUGCCCUUCUGUCGGUCAUCAAGCCCUCUAAGGAGGACUGGGACCACGUUCUUCCUCUAGUUCAUGCCAAGGGCUAUGUCUACAACGCCAAUGCUGUCAUGCAGCACAUCCAGAAGCUUCAGCGCAAGGAGCUUACCGCCGGCGACGGCGGCGACGGUGAGGCAUCUGCCUCCGCCACUCCCAAGAAGGCUGGCAAAAAGGCUGCUACCCCCAAGAAGGCCGGUACCCCGGCUACUCCCAGAAAGCGCAAGACUCCCGCCAAGUCCAAGGCCAAGGUCGAGGAGGCCGAUGAGGAGGACGAGGAUGACGAGAAGGAGGCUCCUCCCCCCAAGAAGCCGUGCACCCCUUCCCGCCCCAGCAUGAAAGACGAAGUCCACGAGGACACUAAGGACAUCAAGACCACCGGCGCCAAGUUCGUCCCCGUCAACGCGGAGAUCUAA